AUGAGGAUGAACAAAGACGCGCCUAUCAGGGAACUACCUCUGAGCCACUCCAUGCGUAAGACUUACACCGACUGUUACCGAAUGCAGGGAUUCACUGGAGGUAACUGGGGUUACACACUCAAUACCAACCUUGUAGGGGGGGAGCGCGAUGUUUUACCUGGUUCUCGAGGCAGUCGCCUAGAAUCGAAAGAUCGGAAGCUUGCAAUCUAUCUCCUUGGCUGGGAAAGUAUUGAGCUUCAUGAAGAUGCGAACAAAACGCCUGUUUUUGCAGAGGAGAUGAUUAAGCUGGGGCCAUGGAUCAAUCAAGAAAGUGGUGCAUGGUAUGUCCGGUUUGCUACUUAG